AUGAUAACCCCCAAUGGCCGGUUCGAAAUGAACACGAAGAUUUGUACUUCCAUGUCCAGCUAUCAUCCUGAGACAUGGGACUCAGGAUGGACGGUUAGAACUGUUUUUUAUGGAUUUUGAUUUGUAUAGUUGUAUGGCCGCACAAAGAGGAACACUAGAGCAGCUGGAUGUGAAGAUUUCUUCAAAUCGAAAAAGUUUGAUCUUCUAACUUUCACUCGGCCUUCUCUCGUUCCUAUUCGAAGACGGUCCGGCACUGGGGUGCGUCAAGGGCGGCAGCGAGAGUACGGGAGAAAGGGAGAGGCUAGCUCAUGAAUCGUGGGCCUGGAACGCAAAGCAUAAAAGUGCCAAAGAACUAUUCGCAGAACGGUUACUGCCAGACGGGCCACCAAGCGCUUGUAGGAGUAGCGGAGAAGGAGAAGAUGAAAAAGGCGCUAGUAGUACUACAAGUGGUCGUAAAGCCGUCGAUGCAACAGGAACAGCCACCACUCGUGGAGGAGAAACAGCACAGUAUAAAAACAGCAAUGAUGUACCACAACUAGCUCUUGGACCACGAGGUGGUGUCGCUGCUUCCACUGCAACAAGUCAUCCAGACAACACCAAUGGUAUAGGAGGUGCACGAUCUUCUGGCGACGAGCCUCCGCGCAGACGUGGUGGUGGUGAAGCUUGUUGGUAUAUUAGUUGUAUUGUCAUCGGAUUGAUAGGGAUAGGGAUCGCUUUUGUAGUUGGUGCUGAAGGUUUUUCUACUAAGAAGAGAUAGAAGGAGGAGGUGGCUCAUCUCUGAUAAAGGUUGACGUUGACGAGGGAAUCAUGGUGCGAAACUCCAUAAUUAAAUUUGAGUGCGAACUUUCACAGCACGCUGAGAACGGAUAGCCGGCGUCAGAUAACAAGAUCUUGCUGGUGUUGGGCUAGUCUUUGCUUUGUCUUCAUUUGUUACAACCCUCUCACUAUCUGAAUGCGUGGCCGAUGGCAGCGUAGGCUAGCAGUUUCUAAUGGAGAAGAU